GGACCAGUGGUCAGGGAUGAUGGGAAUUGUAGCCCCAAAAUACCUGAAGGCUGAGUUUGGGGAUGCCUGCUCUAUAGUUUUACUAUCUCUGUGGGUCCUCCCUUUCAGGAAUGCUUAUUGGGCCAAAGCAGAAGCAGAAGGCGGGACUCCUAGAUCACGUGCUUUUGACUCUUCUCGUCUUCUAUUGGCUCCCAGCACAGUGAACCCGCCCUCCCCGCAGAGAGCUGUGAUGCGAUUGGGUGAUCUGAAAAGAAGGGCGGGACCUGAGAGAGGGAGGCAGGGAGGGGAAUUCAACCUGUAGCAAAGAAGGAGGCGGUCCUUCUCCUUAGCAACGGGAAUGUUGAGGCUGUCGCUAAGGAGGAUGCCAAGUGAUGCUUUGCAGAGAAGGGCGCGCAUGGCGGAGGCUGGAGCUUUGCGGGUGCGGGGCAGUGGAGUCACCCUCAGGUGCUGGGAGAGGGACGGGCGAUUCUGGGAAGGCUAUAUUUUAUUUAUUGUAUGUUUUAUUUAUGUAUUUAAAUAAAUUAAUAGGAGAAAUGGAGGCAGGUAUGUUUUGUUUUCUUAUGUAUAUUUACUGCACUUGCCAAAAAAAGGCUCUCAGGAUAUAUUACAAAUCAGCUCCUGGUCUGUUUUUGGCCCUCAGUCUUAAAAAGUCAUGACACAUGAGGAAAAUAGGAACAGGAGGGUAGAGGGGAAAGCAAACUCAAACACAUGCCCUUACAGUUCUCAAUUUAUUUUAUUUUUAAAAAGCUGGGACUUGGUUUAGGAAGGAGGGAUACAUUAUCCCAAUUUGAGGCUUUAAAUCUAAGGGGAAUUUCUGGGAAUUGAUCUCUCAGCUCCAUUCUUUCAGUUCCGAUUUGAGAGUGGAAUCCCGUGUAUGUCAUCUACUUAGAAGUAAAUCCCAGUUACUGCCAACUAAGUCCUACACAGGGUAGAAACAUUGAAAUUAAUAGACCAAAAUGAGCCAUUUCUAUUAAUUUCACUGGGUCUAAUCUGAGUAGGACUAACACUGGCUACGACCUACAGAGUACACCAAGACUUGUGAUGCAGUCCUAUGUAUGUCUACUCAGAAUUUAAAUUGGGAUGGUCUAAAUACAGAUAUCCAGGGCCAGAUUUAAGGUGCUUAUGUUGUCAUUUAAAUCUCUAAAUGAACUAGGUCUAAGGUCAAUGAAAUACCAUAUCCUCCUGCUACUGUGUUAAAGAUCUGUUUAAAGGUAGUUAAAAACUACUACCUUUUAGUAGUAUAUCGGAUGGGGACUCAUGGGUGGACUUUUUCAGUGGUACCCCAUGGAGUACCACUAAAACGGGGCAAGUAUGUGAAGCACUAUAAAAACUAAUACAAAUAGUAGUUUCUUUACGGUGACAAGAGAAUGACAGGAAAUGUUGGCGAACAUUGUUGGUGAACAGUGUUUGUUUUUUCUUUUAAAGGGAGGCGCCAAAAGUGUGCCUUAGCAACAGCCAAAGAACCAACACUACACAGAACUUUAGCUUCUCAAGCCUAGGGAGAUACCAGGCUCCUGAUAAGCAGGGAAGAUCAUCACUGGUUGAAGGAGAAAAUGGUAAGACGACUGGACUAGGACCCAGGUUCAAAUCCCCACUCAGCCAUGAAGGACAUUGGAUGAGCGUGAGCUAGUCAUCAUCUCUUAACCUAACCUACCUCACAGAGCUGUUCUGAGGACAAACUGAGGUGGGGGUCCCUCUCCUGCCAGCCUGCUUUGUAAAAGUCAAGGGGGUGGGAUUUAUUCUUCUAGUCUGAUAGGAGAGAAGGCCAUAGCUCAUUGGAAGAGCAUUUGCCUUGCAUGCAGAAAGUCCCAGGUUCAGUUCCCAGUGGCAUCUGCUGGUAGGUCUGGGAGAGAUAGCCCUGGAAAGCUGAGAAACUAAUCAAACUAAUAAUAUUAUAUACUAAAUCACGAUACACAUAGAAAAUGAAACAAAACCAAACCAUGGUGCAAAAUUUUAAAAUAAAAAAAUUCUUUGAGAUGGAUUGAAGUAACAAAAAUAAUGAAACCUUAAUUCAGAAUAUUUACAUAACUAUAGCACCACCUAGAGGUAUAAGAGAUGUUAUUUUUUCCAUAAAAAGGUAAAGGUAAAGGUACCCCUGCCCGUACGGGCCAGUCGUGUCCGACUCUAGGGUUGUGCGCCCAUCUCACUUAAGAGGCCAGGGGCCAGCGCUGUCCGGAGACACUUCCGGGUCACGUGGCCAGCGUGACGAAGCUGCUCUGGCGAGCCAGCACCAGCGCAGCACACGGAAAUGCCGUUUACCUUCCCGCUAUAAAGCGGUACCUAUUUAUCUACUUGCACUUGGGGGUGUUUUCGAACUGCUAGGUGGGCAGGAGCUGGGACCGAAAGACGGGAGCUCACCCCGCCGCGGGAAUUCGAACCGCUGACCAUGCGAUCGGCAAGUCCUAGGCACUGAGGUUUUACCCACAGCGCCACCCGCGUCCCCUAUUUUUUUUUCCAUAGGUGAGCCUAGUUCACCAAAGAAGCAGAAGUUAGGAAUGUUAUGUCUGUAUGAAGAUGAUGCCAGAAGAUUACCAUGUUCGACUAAAAAAAUCUAUAAAGUUAACCCAGAUUGCAGUGAUUUUUUUUUAUUUGUCCUCAUGCAAGUCUUGAAUUAUUUGUCAAUUUUUGUAAUACAGUGGUACCUCGGGUUACAGAUGCUUCAGGUUACAGAUACUUCAGGUUAGAGACCCUGCUAACCCAGAAAUAGUACCUCGGGUCAAGGACUUUGCUUCAAGUUGAGAACAGAAAUCGCGUGGCGGCAGCGCGGCGGCAGCUGGAGGCCCCAUUAGCUAAAGUGGUACCUCAGGUUAAGAACAGUUUCAAGUUAAGAAUGGACCUCCAGAACGAAUUAAGUUCUUAACCUGAGGUACCACUGUAGUGCAAUCUGCCAUACCUCUUUAAACCAAUUUGUAACCUGCUCACCUCUGAUGUAAUGAUGCAACAAAACAUCUAUGAAAUUAACACGUAGUCUCACACAUAUUCCGUUACAAGCAAAACUGAUCAAAAAUGAUUUCCCCCCUCAUAUUGUUGAAUAAAAAUGGGUAAAUUAACUACAAACCUUAGUUAAUGAAUGCCAGUUAACUACAGUUAGUAAACCAUCAUUAACCCAUUGGGUUUGGACAAUAAUUCUUAACUGUGGUUAACUAAACCGUGUUUUAUAAACCAUGGCAUAGGGUGUUAUGCAAACCAGGUGUUUUGGGGCAGUGUCAGGUUUGCUCUGCUGACCGUUUCUUGGUUGUUGCUUCUUCUAAAUAAAUGGCUUUUCCUUCCACCUAGGCAGUUACUCAUCUUACCACAUGGGGGAGAUCCCCAGCAUUGACAACUUGGAAGAAAGCUUGCGGAAGCUUCAGCUCCAAGUGGAUAGCUUGGCUUCCAGUCUCCGCUCACACCCAAAUCACGAACGCACUGUUGACCUGCACCCUGCAGCUGACUCAGGUCCUUUCAGUUCCAGGUGGCCAGCGGCUCCUACUGGGAGCUAUAUGGAAUCAGGCGUUGGAGGCCCAGCCAAGACCCCGGUGGAGACGGAGUGGUUCCUGAAGCCAAAACACUUGCUUAGAUCCGUAGGAGAGUAUUCAGCCCUGACGAGCCUGGGCCUUCCAACCUUUACCACGUCCCCAGUGAACCGGCUGGCAGGGCUGCUGGGGAGCGAGAUUGCAAGUCAAAACUCUUUGCACCCCUUGGCGGAUUUCACUUUCCCUCUGAAACUCGGAGCCCCUCAUGUGAUCGGCGUCAAGUCUUUGUUGCCUCCGAAGACCCCAGUCAGAGCAUCCUUGCUGAAAAGGACCUCUUCCUCCCUCGACAGAGGCCGUUCGCUCAGUCUCGGUUCCUCUGGGACCAACCGUGAGCGUUCGCUCUCGCCUGCCAACAAACGCACCCGCUGGCUCCGAUCUCGAUCUCAGUCUCCAAAGCCUGCCUGGAGACCCAGCUCGGCCAAGGCGAAUGCCUGUGCGCAGCCCCCGCCUCAGCUUGGCAAGUCCGGGGAAAAUGGUAGCAAAAGCGGGUCAAGUAAGCGGUCACGGUCGAGGAUAUACAGGCCAGGGACAUUAGCCUCCAGAUCCUGGAUUCCCAGCAAGGCAAUCGAGAGGGGAGCUCGGAGCAAUCCAUGGACUCCUUACAGCUUGCCGUCUGCUGCCAUUUCCUCACCCACAGCCCAGGAGCUCAAUGAACGGUAAGUGGAAACCUUUGCCAUGACGCCCAGUCGGAUUCACCCCUCAACAAUUCUCCAUUCUGCUCUUGUGAUAGUCUAGAUUAUGAUGCCCUAAAGGAAGGAUGAGGAAUCGUGGCUAUCCAGGUAUUGCUGGACCACAAUUCCCAUCAUCCCUUACUGUUGCCCAUCCUGGCUGAUGGUAGCAGCAGUCAGCAUCUGCAGUCAACCUGCCUUAGGACCUCAAUACCUUAAGGACCGCCUCUCUGCGUACAAACUGACCCGGACUUUGUUUUUGUCAUCCGAGGCCCAUCUCUAUGUCCCCCUUCCCUGAAAGGUUCAGAGGGUGAAUUAUCUAGCUGUAUAACCAGGGCUGGGGAACCUUUUUCAGUUCGAGGGCUGCAUUCCCUUCUGGGGGCCACAUGGCAGUUCUAGGUGGGGCCAGAGGCAAAAGUGGGUGGAGCAAUGUAUGCCUUCAUACUGCAGGCUGAUUUCUAAACACACACACACACUCUCUCUCUCUAUUCCAGGCAUGGCCAAACUCAGCCCUCCAGAUAUUUUGGGACUACAAUUCCCAUCAUCCCUGACCACUGGUCCUGUUAGCUAGGGAUGAUGGGAGUUGUAGUCCCAAAACAUCUGGAGGGCCAAGUUUGGCUAUGCCUACAUUCUCUAUCCAUAUAAACAAGAGGCAUUAUCAGAGUUCACAGACACAUUCCAGCCAGGCAAAAACACCUGGGGUGUGAAGCAAGGCCAGUGAUAGUCCCAAGGGCCAAAGAGAGAGAUGCCUAGAGUGCCAUGAUGUUCAGGAAAGGAAAGGAAAGUCCCCUGGGGAAUUCCUUGAUUUGUGAAAUACUCCCCUCUCUUCAACCCUGCGGACAGCAUAGCAAAUAGGUUGUCAGGCCUGAAAACAUUUGACUAACCCCCAGCAGCCCAUAUCCUCCCAACAUUUCUCCAAUGAAAAUAGGGACAUCCUAAGGAAAAGUGGGACAUUCCAGGAAACCGAGACGGCUUCUCUAAAUCAGGGAUGUCCCUGGAAAAUAGGGACACUUGGAGGGUCUGGCAACCCCAAGAAAAACCACUAGCUUGCAUUAGUCAUUUAUCGUCCACAAGAAACAAACAAUUCACCCUGCAAAAUAUCCCCGCCUCACUGCUUUUAGGAGAUGGCUUUGAAAGCAGGUUUGAAAAGAGUCUCUUGCCUGGCAAAUCUGUGCCAAAUGCUUUCAGGGCUGCUUGGAGGCCUUGCAGAAACCGUAACAAGGCCUCAUUGGCUCCAUAGGUUCCUGCAGACUAUUGCUGACGGUGAUGUCGGCAGAGCCCUGGUUGAGAUGUCUCCGUACCAGCAAGAGCUGGCUCGCCUCCGGCUUGAGAGUCUGCAUAUGGAAGAGGUGUGGUUGUUAGAGCAGAAGAGGCAGCAGGAAUUGGAACGGACCCGAGGUCCCAAGCCUAAAUGGUAAGUGGGGGUUGUCAAGCUGUGGGGUGGGGCUGAGAGCCAGUGUGGUGUAGUGGUUAAGAGCGGUAGUCUCGUAAUCUGGUGAACUGGGUUCGCGUCUCCGCUCCUCCACAUGCAGCUGCUGGGUGACCUUGGGCCAGUCACACUUCUCUGAAGUCUCUCAGCCCCACUCACCUCACAGAGUGUUUGUUGUGGGGGAGGAAGGGAAAGGAGAAUGUUAGCCGCUUUGAGACUCCUUAAAGGGAGUGAAAGGUGGGAUAUCAAAUCCAAACUCCUCUUCUUCUUCUUCUUCUUCUUCUUCUUCUUCUUCUUCUUCUUCUUCGGUGUGGGGAGUCUAAAAGCAGGGAAUCUGGCAGGUAGAUCACUGGGCAGCAGAGGGAGCUAUUGGUUUGCUCUCGGCUGCAAUUGCCGUGGAAAACAGUUUUAUUGCGGCUUCCCUUUUGCAGGAAAGCAACUUGGAGCUAUAAAGGUUCUAACUGGUUCCUCAUUUCAGAACAACUUAUUUCCUGGGUACAGAUUGAGAUUCAUUGUUAUAGCUACCUUACAGAUUGCAAUGUAUUUGUUUUGGUCAGUACAAUAUGCAUUUGGACACCACUUAAUAUAUUGUAGCCGAAAUUGUGCGUGAUGGUUCCUGAGACCAAGAAGCAGGUUUUCUUCUAUGCCUGGAUACAGUUGGGUGCCAUUUUGAAUUAAGAUGGCGGACUGAACUUUUCAAAACUCCACUGAUUUACUGAUUUUAACCACUGUUUUCAGAACUGCACUGAUUCUUUGGUUUCUUAGAAUUCCUAGGCGAUGGCUGGCAUAAGUCACAUAAAGACUAGCAGCGUCUAAGUCAGGCUUUGCCUUUGAUGAAUUGUAAGGCCACCCAAGAGGCAGACAGAGAAAUCUGGGGGAGAUUCUGGAGCCAUGAGCCACCAUUUCCCAUGUCCAGUUUAUGCUAUCCUUAUUUACUUUCGUAGCUAAUUGCCCCUGUUCUUUCUCUUGUCUGAAUUAGAGAUGUGUAUGAUGAUGGAGUGAGAAUAUAAGCAGAGAUUUAUUUAUUUUUUAAGAACCCAGGAGACGUGUAGCCAGAGCCUCUGUGAUCCCUUCCAUUUUUCUCUUUCCGUGGUGGACAAUGGGUUGCUCCUUCCACUUGCUUCACAGGCGGGGCUAUGCAAAUGAGGAGCAUUUCCCAUUUCCGGUCCUCCCUACAUCAAAGCAAGGGAUGUGGGUGGCACUGUGGGUUAAGCCACAGAGCCUAGGACUUGCUGAUCAGAAGGUCAGCGGUUCGAAUCCCCGCGACAGGGUGAGCUCCCGUUGCUCGGUCCCAGCUCCUGCCAACCUAACAGUUCGAAAGCACGUCAAAGUGCAAGUAGAUAAAUAGGUACUGCUCCGGCGGGAAGGUAAAUGGUGUUUCUGUGCGCUGCUCUGGUUCACCAGAAGCACCUUAGUCAUGCUGGCCACAUGACCUGGAAGCUGUACGCUGGCUCCCUCGGCCAAUAAAGCAAGAUGAGCACUGCAACCCCAGAGUCAGCCAUGACUGGACCUAAUGGUCAGGGGUCCUUUUACCUUUACCUUUACAUCAAAGCACCAGGCCUUUCCUGGAGCUUCAGUUCUGUGGGUUUAUUGUUCCAACUGCUGUGGCUUGGACUUGUGUGGCUUGCUUUGACAUCCGACAGGUAUAAUGAUCUGGGCUUCCUUUCCAUGCCUCUCACCUGCAUGGUUGCCUCCCUGACCAUCAGCCAGACUCUGAGACUUUGCCUGAAUUAACCUCAGGAAACCCCAAUUUGUGAUCAGACUAAGUGACUCAAUUCCCUCCCCCCCCCCCGCCACCCCUGUCUCAAGGUACGAGAUGCGGAACUCUCAGUUCCACUAUGAAGCCCGCAAGAAUAACGAACUGUUGAGAAACAGCCAGGAUGUACAGUCCGUCUAUGACUACAGGCACGAGCUGGCAACAGCCUCCAAAGAGUUCCGGCAACAGCCCUGCUCCACCCACCUGGAAUCCCACGGAUAAAGAUCAGUCUUCAUAAACCUGCAUUGCUGGGUGAGGAUCUUGAUUCUCUCUUCCUUGUCGCUGGUGGAGGUCCAACGGUGAGUGGGCAAGUCAACCUUCCCCAAACUGGUGCCCUCCAGGUGCCUUGGACCAAUGAGGUGUCUUCCAGAAGUUGAGGACUACAACUCCCAUCAGCCCCAGACAACAUAGUCCACAGUUAGGGAGGAUGGGCAUUGCAGUCUGCAGCUCCUGGAGGGGAUGGUGUUGAAUGGUGCAAUUUUGGACUAUAAUUCCAAUCAUCCCUGACCAUUGGCCAUGCUGGCUGUUGGGUGUCCAAAAUAUUUAGAGGCCCACCAGUUGGGAUAGGCAAACAAAUUUAAUCUUUGGGGGAACCAUCCAAUGCCUUGACCUGACCUCAAGCAACCACACCCACCUUGGUGGGAUGACAGGAUCUUAGACCAAUUUUUUAUUAAAAGCAGCAGGUUGAGGUCAAGCACAAAUGAUUUUGGAUUGCGCAAAGCUAUGUUUAUGUGCAGCAAAGCAGUUAGUGUUUAUGUAGCUCUGGUUAUGAGUGUGAUACCAGGAGAGUUACACUCCGCAUUGACAGACCAGACCCACCGGGCCUCCCCUCCCCUGUCACUUGGGGGCAGCCACGCCAUCAGGCUGCCUCCGUGGGAGAGAUAUGAAGCAGAAGGCUCAUUUCAUCAGCUUUGAUGGAGCUCCUUCUACACCAGGCACCUCCUGCCCCUGAACUGUACAGACUGGUCAGUAUGGGAACAACUUGACUACUGCUGGAUAACUCAGUUGGUUGGAGCAUGGUGCUGAGAACACCAAGGUCACAGGUUUGAUCCCAACAGCUGCAUUUCUGGGGAUUGGGCUAGAUCAUGGGUAGGCAAACUAAGGCCUGGGGGCCGGAUCCGGCCCAAUCGCCUUCUAAAUCCGGCCCGCGGACGGUCUGGGAAUCAGCGUGUUUUUACAUUAGUAGAAUGUGUCCUUUUAUUUAAAAUGCAUCUCUGGGUUAUUUGUGGGGCAUAGGAAUUUGUUCAUCCCCCCCAAAAAAAAAUAUAGUCCGGCCCCCCACAAGGUCUGAGGGACAGUGGACCGGCCCCCUGCUGAAAAAGUUUGCUGACCCCUGGGAUAGAUGAUCCCCAGGGUCCCUUCCAACUCUACAGUUCUAUGAGAACUGUUCAGAAAUGGUUGCCAGAGCUUUUCAUUUUCAUUUUCCUCCUCCCUUCUUGUCCCUUUUCCCUUCUAUGUUGUGUGUGUGUGUGUGUGUGUGUGUGUGUGUGUGUGUGUGUGUUUAUUAAGCUUGUAAGCCUGCAGGUAAGGACUGCCUUGUUUUGAUUGUAUGUAAUUGCUCUGGGAGCCUUUUCGGCUGAAGAGCGGGGUACAGUUUCUCCAGAUAAAUAAACAAAUGAGCAAGCCAGCCUUUAAUGUGCCUUUUGAGAUCCCCCAAGGUGUCUUUGUAGCAGCACUGUGCAAGUCAAUUAUUUUCAGGGCUAACAGGUCAGCCGAGUUUCAUCCAAAGUUGAGAUUUCUGGUUGAAUAAUUGUGGUUGUUCCCUCUCCUCAUUUGCCGAGUUGAGAAGCCAGUCCUCCAUUUCACUGGGAUUUCACAUGCAUUGAUCUCAUCCUGAACCACUGGAAAGGCGACUUGGAUGACGAACCUUCCAGCCCAAGAAAGAGCAAACAAAAUAAUGACCUGAAAUAGUCUGACCAGUUGUCUUAUAUUUUAUACCCAUUCCACUGAGAAGCCGGUGGAGGAGGAUGGUCAGGAGAGAAACAGGUACCCACAGCCCCUUACUAGGCAAGUAGUAACACCACAGAAGAGGGAAAUGGGCAAAUCACUCAUUAGAUAAAUGACUGAGCAGAUAGGAUAGCCCAGCUGUCCAGCCUCUGUCUGAGCACACUGAAGAACAAGGCUGAAAGCAGAAGCUUGAUAGGACUAUUGGAACUACUGCUCCUUUGUAUCACCUGAUCCCUGUUAAAUAUCUAAAAGAACAACUUCUGUAGACUCUCAGGUGCUGAGAUGGGCGGAGGGGGCCCUCUUGGCAGUUCUGCCCUCAGAGGCUCAGGGGUGUCCAUGGUCUGGGAAAGGGUCUUCUCAGUGGCAGCUCCUAACCUGUGGAACUCCCUCCCCAUUGAACAUUCAUUAUACAUCUCCUGGCAAAUGCUGAAGCUGCACGUCUUUACCCUGGCUUUUGUCACCUGAGGUGUAUAUUUUUAGGACCCACCUUAUUUCUGUGAUUGUAAGUUGUUUAAAGUGGUUUUUAAUAUUGCGUUUUAAUGCUGUAACCUGCCCCGGGACCUUAGACAAAGGAGGGGUAAUAAAUACAGUCAUACCUCAUGUUACGUUUUUGCAGGUUGCGUCCCGCAGCGACCCAGAAGUGCCUGAAAGGGUUACUUCCGGGUUUUGCUGUUUGCGCAUGUGCAGUAGUGCUAAAUCUCGCUUCGCGCAUGUGCACAAGCACCAAAUCACGCCACACACCUGCACAGAUACGGCGUUUCAGGUUGCAGGCUUUUCAUGUUGCGAAUGGGCCUCCGGAAUGGAUCCUGUUCGCAACAAGAGAUACCACUGUACCCAAAUCAUAAUCGUAAUAAUUCAGUACCUGCAAUACCACCCUGUGGCCACCUGCAGUGGUGGCACUAGAGUGCAGCAAUUUAUUCAUCUGGGGUUCUACUGUAAUCUGGGCUGACCCUGUUCUCUCUCCUUGCCCCUGUCUGCCACCAUCCAAGAGCCCUAGACUAAUCAUUUUUCAUGGACCAAGCUAUUCCAAAAUAUAUUUUCCCUAAAAUACUGGAUUUGAAAGCUAGCGGGGGAAACCAGCAGGCACUUAGGUCCCAAUUGUAAAAGCCUUCCAAAUCAAACAGGUCAUUUGUUCUCUUGUUUAAUUCACUGACUUCCAAAGGGAUGCAUUAUAAGGAGACAGAGAGGCAAUCUCUACCACAUUAGCAAAACAACACAUGGAAGAGUUGUGCAAAAGAGUGAAACGCUUUCCGGCUUACAAGAAAGAAUAAGGAAGGGGACAUUUUUUGAUGCAGGGAAAAUCCAGGUCGUCCUCUCCAAAGAGCUCUUAUGGAAUACAUGCUAUGAGGGUUUACAUCUGCCUUGGAGGCCUGACAUCUUCUUAUCUGUCCAGUGGCCAGAACGGAAAUCGAUCCCGCAAAUACUAUCAGGCAUUCGCUGUUGCUGCUGCUUUCAGUCCGGAAAUUGUAUGAAAUUGAUUACAUUUCCCCCAUUUGCAUUGUGUUUCCAUUGCACUGAAAUGCACAGAGCGGGAUAAAGUAACGGCAACGUAACAUAUGUAAUGAUUAAUUACGUGAAAUAGGGAAGUUGCGGAAUUUCGGCAGAGCAGACAGCGAGAUGAAUGAUGUAGAGUUUGGAGGAAGGCCAACCGCAGCAGAAGGGAAACAGUGCUGCUUGCAAUGAAUACAGGGCGGAAUGGAAAACGAUGCCUUCUCCCAUCCUUAAUUAACUCUGGCCUUAACUAGGUCCCCAUGGAAUCCAUUUUUAUCUUCCUCACACCUCUACACUGCGUGCCUCCGACUGAAUUGCAGCUGUAUCAGUUAAGGAGCACAUCAUAUAGCAAGUGUUGGCUUAAAGGGGAGGGGAUGGGUGUCCUGUGACAUUCUUCCCCAGCUACAGCACAUACUAAAACACAAAUAAAUAGAAUACAGUAAGGAAAGAGGAAUUCUGAGUCCCAAUCUCUUUUUUUUGGCUCAUCCCCGCAGCGGAAUCUCAUCUUCCAGGUGGAGCCCUUUUUCUGAACACCAAACCGGAGCUUCGGAACUUGUAGGCAAGAUGGCUGCCAGGGGGAGGGAGCUAGUGUGCUUCAGGGGGGCUUGAGCAGGCUUGGGAGGGCGAUCACCUCGUACGGGUUCCUCCAGCCUUCCUCCUUAUCCAGUCUUUCCCUCUGCUCUGCAGAGGUGCUCCUCGAGUCUCUUUAACGCUCACGCUCUCUGUCUGUGCCUGUAGCUUCCCACUGCUGAAGCUGGAAACGGGGGAGAAAGCGCAGGAGGUUAGUUCUGGCAGUCGAUGAACAUGCAAAACGGCUAUUCGGCCUUUCGCCUGGGGCGAGCAAAAGAGACCGGCAGGCGAUUAGGCCCAACACCUUUUGUAAAAUGAAAAAAGAAAGGUAGUUGUUUGGCUCUUCUGGCCUGCAGGAGUAGGCAACUGGUAGCCCUCCAGAUGUUAAGCUACAACGCCCAUGGUCCCUGACAUUUGCCAUGCAGACAGGCGGAACUGUCACCGUCACGAGUGCCACGUAAUACCUUUUCCACUUUUGUAAGAAAACAAUCUUUUAGCCCCCACACUCUGGAACUCCCUGCUUAUUGACGCCAAGUUGGCACAUCCAUUGUCCUCUUUUCAGUGCCUGCCCAGAACGUUUUUGCUUAGACCAACCUAUGCAGACUAUGUAGAAUACGGAUGUACUCUUUAAUCUGUUUUUAGUUCAUUGCUGAUUAUAUCUUUUGCUUUAUGGUUUUUAGGGCCUGCUUGGCAGUGGCACCCUGCCUGUGGAUGUCAAGGAGAUAAAGAACUACAGAACUUUUAGAAGACAUCCGAAGGCAGCCCUGUACCAGGAAGUUUUUAAUGCUUGACAUUUUAUUACAUUUUAUUAUAUAUGCUGGAAGCCUCCCAGAGUGGCUGGGUAAACCCAGCCAUAUGGGUGGGGUAUAAAUAAUAAAACUAUUAUUAUUAUUUUACUGAUAA